AUGGCAGCAACGACUUCCUCUUCCAUCGAGUCUAUCCAGCGCCCUCGUGACCCCAACACGUUGAGCAACUACACAGCCUGGCGAUCUCGGCACGUCACAGCGAACUUUGAGAUUGAUUUUGACAACAAGAGACUCGCCGGAAACGUGAUUCAUCAAUUGCUUUCCAAGACGCAAGCCGAGACAAAGGAGAUCCUCCUUGAUACAAGCUUUCUUGAUAUUUCGCAAGUGAAAGUGGAUGGCAAAACGGCGCAGUGGGAGUUGUUACCGCGCUUCGAACCGUAUGGAAGUGCUUUGAAGGUUGUGCUUGAGAAGGGUGUCGAGGAAGGUGCUACUGUGGAACUUGACAUUUCUCUCAAGACCACCGAGAAAUGCACUGCGCUUCAAUGGUUGGCGGAAGCUCAAACAUCAAACAGGAAGCAUCCUUACAUGUUCUCUCAAUGCCAGGCUAUCCACGCUCGCUCCAUCUUUCCCUGCCAGGAUACCCCCGAUGUGAAAACUACAUUCGACUUUAAUAUUAAGUCUCCAUUCCCCGUUGUUGCUAGUGGAUUACCUGUACGAGAGGACAGUGCAAAGGGAAACAACCUCUACAAGUUCAAGCAGAAUGUCCCAAUUCCUAGCUAUCUCUUUGCCGUGGCAAGUGGAGACUUGACAGAAGCACCCGUCGGUCCUAGAAGCGUGGUUGUGUCCAGCCCUGAUAAAAUUGAUGACUGCAAAUGGGAACUCGAAGCGCAUACCGAGAAAUUCAUCGAAGCUAUCGAGAGAAUAGUAUAUCCCUAUGCAUGGGGCGAGUACAACAUCCUCAUUCUUCCUCCCAGCUUCCCAUACGGAGGAAUGGAGAACCCGAUUUAUACGUUUGCGACUCCAAGUUUGAUAUCAAAGGAUCGAGAAAAUGUAGAUGUCAUUGCUCAUGAAUUGGCUCAUAGCUGGAGUGGGAACCUCGUCACAAAUGCGUCUUGGGAGCAUUUCUGGCUGAAUGAAGGUUGGACUACCUAUUUGGAGCGUAGGGUGAGGAUGACACACGGUGAACCACACCGACAUUUUUCAGCUAUUAUCGGCUGGGACGGACUCAAGGAGUCCGUUGAAGAAUUCGGCAAGGACAAUGAAUUCACAAAGCUAGUCAUUGAUUUGAAAGGAAAAGACCCCGAUGACGCUUUCUCCAAAGUUCCUUACGAAAAGGGAUUCACAUUCUUGUUCUACCUUGAGAAUCUCUUGACCAAAGAAGUUUUUGAUCGAUUUAUCCCACACUAUUUCUCCAUCUUCAAGGAGAAAUCCCUCGACUCCUACGACUUCAAAGCAACAAUCCUAGACUUCUUCUCCAAUGACCCCGUAGCAUCCAAACGUCUCAGCGAAGUCGACUGGGAAUCAUGGUUCUACUCUCCCGGCCUCCCACCCAAACCAGAUUUCGACACCUCCCUCGUCGACAUCGUCUACGAAUUAGCCGAUAAAUGGAAGUUCCUUGGGUCUUCCUCAUCAACGUUCACCCCAUCGAAGGAAGACGUCAAGAGUUUAAGCGCAAACCAAUUCAUCGUCUUCCUUGAACGGGUCACUCUCUUUGAAGAUCCUCCACUAAGCUCAGACUCAUUCCGUCUUAUGGGUCAGGUUUAUGGAUUCUCAGAAAGCUCGAAUAUUGAAGUCACCAACCUCUAUUUCAGACUGGGUCUGAAGAUUGGUGAUAGAACGGCUAUUGGGCCUACCGUUAAGCUUUUGGGCGAGAUUGGAAGGAUGAAGUUCGUUCGACCAUUGUUCCGCGCUCUUAAGAAAAUUGAUCGCCAGGUUGCCGUGGAAACUUUUGAAAAGCAUAAAGACUUCUACCAUCCUAUUUGUCGUGGAUUGGUUGAAAAGGAUCUCGCCAAAUAG